GUACUCACACACGACACAAAUACACGCCAACGCAACUCACGCCACAACACAACACAACACCACAACACAUAAACUCAGAUUUGAUUCUCCACUAUCAUAUCAUAACCCCCUUCAACUCUGUUCCUAAUAUUUCCCACUUCUUUAUGCUUCCGACACCCCCCUUUUCUCUUCUUCUCCGCAACAUUUUCUCAUCGCUCACGCACAGACAUGAGAGGGACUAAUGGGACUGAUGCUAACAACAACACUACUUUCGACACUAUAAACGCUGCUGCUUUUGCCAUAGCCUCUGCUUCCCACAAUCGCCUUUCUCAACCUCCUUCCCAGCUAUUUUGGUUGCAGAAGAAAGGAUGGGGAAGCUGGUUGAGCAAAAUAGGGUGUUUUGGAUAUCAAAGAAACAGAAAGCGCAUUGGACAUGCCAUCCUUGUUCCAGAAACAACCCCCAAUGGAGCAGAUCCUGCUGCAACCGUUACUUCAACACAACCACCGACCAUAACACUCCCCUUCGCCGCACCUCCCUCAUCUCCGGCGUCGUUCUUUCAAUCAGAACCUCCCUCAACCGCACACUCACCGGUCGGUAAAAUCUCACACACUUGUGUCUCUGCCAGCAUGUACUCUCCCGGUGGUCCUGCUUCAAUCUUUGCCAUUGGCCCUUUUGCGCACGAAACCCAAUUAGUAUCACCACCCGUUUUCUCAGCCUCUUCCACCGCUCCUUUCACCCCGCCUCCCGAAUCUGUCCACCUCACCACCCCUUCUUCGCCGGAGGUUCCAUUUGCUCAGCUUCUUGACCCCAACAACAAGAAUGCUGACACCUUUCAGCGCUUCCAAAUAUCUCACUAUGAUUUCCAGUCAUAUCAGUUUCACCCCGGAAGUCCGGUUGGUCAACUCAUAUCACCGAGAUCCGCCAUCUCUGCCUCCGGCGCCUCGUCGCCGCUCCCUGACUCUGAAAUUAAUGCCACGCUCUCUCAUAUUCUUGAUUUCCAAAGAGCAGACCCUCCCAAGCUUCUCAGCAUUGAUAAACUCUCUGCGUAUGAAAACAGAAAGUCAAACCAAGGUUCCGGCUCUCUCACCCCUGAUGCUGCAAAAGCUGGUUUUCUUUCAAAUCAUUGGGUUUCUGAGAUCAAAAUGUCCCCACGUCCAAGCAACAAUCGGGUUAAUGAGAUUAGUAUAAAUCAUAGAGUUUCAUUCGAUGUAUCUGCCCAGAAAGUCUUGGAAUCUCUGGAAAACAAGCCAGCGGCGGCAUCAGCAUGGACUAAGGUCAUGUCGAAAUUGAAAAACGAUGCUCCAGCAGCAGCAGACAGAGAAGAAAAAUUUGCAGAAACCGGGUGCAGUGAGAAACAAGUUCUUGCUGAGACUCACAGUGAUCAACCACUGGAAACCAAUUUGAGUGGAGAUGAUGCAACAGUUUACGAGAAGGAUCAGUCCCUAACUCUUGCUUCUGCUAAAGAAUUCAACUUUGAUAAAGCAGAUGGAGGGGAUUCUCUUGCUCCCAAUAUAGUUGCUGACUGGUGGGCUAAUGAGAAAGUUGCAGGGAAGGAGAGAGGGGCCACCAAAGAUUGGUCCUUUUUCCCAAUGAUUCAACCUGGUGUCAGCUAACCAUAAUGAUUCACGAAUUUGGCAUUGGUUUUUGAUUUUGUGCCAUGAUAUGCUUGACACAACCCAACAGCACACAUGCUAGAUUGAAUCAUCGUAAAUUAAGAUUUGCAAGUCUAACACAGUGAUGGGGUUCCUUUUUGAAUCCAAUGACCCCGAAAAAAAAAAAUAAUAGUAGUUUGCUUAAGGUAUGUGUUGUAGUUGUUACCAAGUUUGUGUUAGAAAUAGCUGUACAUUUUUAGCGUAUGUACCCUCUACGAUUAUAUAUGUAAUAUAGUUGACUGAUGAUGCUGAUUUUAUAUAUAGCUAAAGAUCAUGAUUA